GUCCCUCAGACACAGCGGAUCACUGAUCAACAGAAAGAGCCAAAGAUAGGGGACAUGUACACUGAUCAUCAGGUCACUGAUGAUCAGUGUGCCCUGAUGAUCAGUGUAGCCCCAGCAGUGCUACCUGUCAGUGAGCAUCAAUGCCAGCUGUCAGUGCUCAUCAAUGCCACCUGCCAGUGCCCAUCAGUGCCACAUCAAUGCCACAUAUCAGUACCUACCAGUGCACAUCAGUGCCACAUAUCAGUGCCCAUCUGAUCUUCCUUUCAGUGUCACCUAUCAGUGCCAGUCAGUGCCACCUAUCAGUGCCAGUCAGUGUUGCCUAUCAGUACCGCCUUUCAGUGCCCAUCAGUGAUG